UUUUUUUUUUUUUUUGUGGACCAUGCAUUCAGGGUACCCCAAUCAACUCACAACUCUCAUACUUCAUCCUCACCCUCAGUCACCAUACGCACCCGUCAUGUCCUUCGCAGAAAAGCAGCUUGCCAAAUUUGGAUGGAAGAAUGGUGAUGGUCUCGGAAAGAACAGGGACGGAAUCAAGAAGAGCAUCUCUGUCGUCAAAAAGAAUGACACCAAGGGUUUGGGUGGCAAGCUGGACAAGUGGGAUUUUGCCUGGUGGGAUCAUGUCUUCAAUAAGUCAGCAUCCAACAUUCAAGUGAACAAGGACGAGUCUGGUGAAGUCAAGGUCGAGAAGCAAGGAGCAUCAGGCAUUCAGGUCUCUCGUAUGGGCAUCAUCUCGACAUCAAGGCCUGCAGGGCCUUCUCAAGCUACGCUGUCUUUGCCAGAAACCCCUUCACCGACCAUGGGCAGCAUGACCCCUCGGGACGAAUACGCGGACGACGAUGAGAAGCCAGCCCCAAUUGCAAAAUCGGGACCUUCGUGGCUGUUUGGCUUCGUCAAGGCGUCUGCUAGUAGUGCAGCAGCUGAAGAUGCAAAGAGGAGAAAUCAGGAUUUCACGGGCAGUGCUAACAGCUUCGUGGCCAGAGCAGGCGAAUACGACGCUCUGAAGGCAGCGGAGGCUGACGAAUAUAAAGACUAUACGAUCAAGGUGACCGACAAGGAGCUGUUUGCGGCCUGUGAGGGCAGAACGGCCAGGAAGGGCGCGAGAGGUGAGCAGCCUGGGAAGAUUGGGCGAGUCAUGAAGGAGCUGCUGCUGGACAAUGGCUCUACAAAGGCCAUGAGCAUUUCGAGUUCGGAGGAAAAGAAAGAAAAGAAGGUCAAGUCGGUCAAGAAGGAGGCCAAGGAGAAGAAGACGAAAAAAGAGAAGAAAACGAAGAAGGAUAAGGCAUUGAAGAAGGAGAAGAAGGACAAAAAGGACAAGAAGAUCAAGGAGAAGAAGGAAAAGAAAGAGAAGGACAAAAACGACAAGAAAGAAAAGAAAGCCGAUGUCAUGGAGAAGAAGAGCAAGAAGGAGAAGAAGGAUAAAGGAGAGGAGAAACUCCCUAAGAAGCGCAGCGCUGAAGACGAUGAAUCGCGAUCCGCAAAAAAGUCUAGAAAGUCCAAGGAUGUGUAACGCCAAGGCCACCUGCAUAUUCUAGACGUCCAUAUGCUCGACCAUAGACACACAGCCACUGUAUAUUAUCAUACCAAGCAUCUCCAACACGCG